UAAGCUACUCUUAUUAGAUUGUAGAAUGUAAGAGUAUGAAUAAUUAACACAUGUAAUAACUAGAAGCUAGUAAAAAUUCGACACACGAUCUGUUCAACUUGUUUGGUGAAUCACACCAAGAUUAUAUAUCUCCAUAAAUGCAUGAUACUAACACACACAAAGAUAUCCUACCCCUUUAUAGAAUUAUAAAACUUUAUUAAAUUACCAAAAACAAAAGAAACAUAAAGGAAACUAGAGAAAAUGAAGGUGCAGUCAGGAGCAAAUAAAGACAUUUAAAAUCUGAUAUCUUGACUGACAGAAAUAAAAAAGAAUAAAUUGUUUAUCACCAUUGUUAAUUAAUCUUCUUUCAAUAUUUCACUCCCUGGUUUAUACAUAACAUAAGACAAUGAAGAGACCAUCAAUUGUACGCGUCAUUUUCCUUAUCGUCAUCUCUAUUACCACUGCCUCGGGUUCACCAGACCAUGGAGAAGUUGAGGACGAAACGGAGUUUAACUACGAGAAGGGAGGAGAGAAGGGGCCAGAGAAAUGGGGAACACUAAAGCCAGAAUGGAAAAUGUGUGGAAACGGCACGAUGCAGUCACCUAUUGAUCUUACGGACAAAAGAGUCUUCAUUGAUCAUAAUCUUGGACCGUUACGCAGCCAUUAUUUACCUUCUAAUGCCACCAUUAAGAACAGAGGCCAUGAUAUCAUGUUGGAAUUUGAAGGAGGGAAUGCAGGUAUGGGUAUAACUAUCAAUGGUACUGUAUAUCAACUUCAACAGCUUCAUUGGCACUCUCCUUCCGAACACACCAUCAACGGCAAAAGGUUUGUUCUCGAGCAACACAUGCUUCAUCAGAGCAAAGAUGGACGCUUAGCCGUUGUGGCGUUCUUGUACAGCUUGGGACGACCUGACUCUUUUCUCCUUUCGUUGGAAAAACAAUUGAAGAGGAUAACUGAUGCACAUGAGUCCGAGGAUUUUGUCAGUUUGAUUGAUCCUAGAGCAGUCAAUUUCAAAACAAAAUUCUAUUACAGAUAUUUAGGAUCACUUACAACUCCUCCAUGUUCUGAAAACGUUACUUGGUCCAUUUCUAGAGAGAUGAGGACUGUGACAUUGAAACAGUUGAACUUGCUUCGCGUGUCUGUACACGAUCAAUCUAAUACGAAUGCUAGACCGCUUCAACGGCAAAACGGGCGUCCCGUGAAAUUUUACUUACCAGCAUGGCAUAUUUAACCAAUCCGAAGUUGUUGUUCACUCUAUUUGAGCUUGGUUAAACCUAGUUUCACGUUAAUCUCUUAGUUUUAUCAUGUACUGAUAUCAAAAACAGAACACUAAUUAAGAAGAAAUUGGUUUGAGUUCAUUUUAAAGAGAUAGAUAUCACUUAGAAGAUGAGUAUUAACUAUUAACAAUCUUGUAAGCGAUAAGUUUCUGGAUUCAUCGGAAUUAACGUACUCUUCUU